ACAUGAUCACUCAAUGCCAACCUUCUCUUUAAUGUCUAUCAAUAGGUGGCAGUGAAUUAGUACAAAUGAUAAAAGUGAAGUUCAAAGCGUUUGUGUACUUAUGGAUGCUAAUGCUAGGCUAGCGCAAGUAGUUGUAGGACGCUCAUGCUAAGCUAGCAACGGGCGCUUACUACCUACCUGCCAGAUGUCGUUAGUUUCUACGGGAUGCUAAGCUAGGCUAGCGACUAGCGCCAGAUGUUGUCAUCCAGGUGAAGUUGUCGAACAGGAAAAGCGAGUCGAGGAAGAGGAGGAGUUGCGGCGGUUCCGCUCCCACUUCCUCCACUUUUUUUCAACUUUGUUGCCUUCGUCGACUUUUCAACAUCUCGCUCCCAACUCAACAUGUACCGGCGAAACUUAGCAGGUCUGCUGAGCCGGCGCGGGACGGGCUACGACCGGCUGACGAGGAGUAGUCGCGGCUACUCCUCGCAGGUCGCCUCCGACGACGACCCCAACUUCUUCUCCAUGGUGGAGGGCUUCUUCGACCGCGGCGCCGCCAUCGUGGAGAACAAGCUGGUGGACGAGCUGAAGACCCGAGACAGCGUCGAGAACAAGAGGAAGUUCGUCCGCGGGAUACUCAGGAUCAUCAAGCCUUGCAAUCACGUUCUCAGUCUCAACUUUCCCAUCAAGAGGGACAACGGAGAGUGGGAGGUCAUCGAGGGAUACCGGGCUCAGCACAGCCAGCACAGGAUGCCCUGCAAGGGAGGGAUCCGCUACAGUUUGGACGUGUCUUUGGACGAGGUCAAGGCGUUGGCGUCGCUGAUGACCUACAAAUGCGCCGUAGUCGACGUCCCAUUUGGAGGCGCAAAAGCCGGCCUCAAGAUCAACCCCAAGAAAUAUUCCGACAACGAGUUGGAGAAGAUCACCAGGCGGUUCACCGUGGAGCUCGCUAAGAAAGGUUUCAUCGGACCCGGCAUCGACGUUCCCGCUCCCGACAUGAGCACGGGUGAACGCGAGAUGUCGUGGAUCGCCGACACCUUCGCCACCACCAUGGGCUACAACGACAUCAACGCUCACGCCUGCGUGACGGGCAAGCCCAUCAGCCAGGGGGGCAUCCACGGACGCAUCUCGGCCACCGGGAGAGGUGUCUUCCACGGCGUGGAGAACUUUGUCAACGAGGCCGCCUACAUGGGCAAACUGGGAAUGUGUCCCGGAUUCCACGACAAGACUUUUGUCAUUCAGGGUUUCGGCAACGUGGGUCUUCACUCCAUGAGGUACCUUCACCGCUUUGGAGCCAAAUGCGUAGGAGUGGGCGAGCUUGACGGAAGCAUUUGGAACCCACAGGGCAUUGACCCCAAAGAACUGGAGGACUACAAACUGGCCAACGGGACCAUCGUGGGCUUCCCCAAUUCUUCGCCGUACGAGGGGAGCAUCCUGGAGGCCGACUGUGACAUCCUUAUCCCCGCCGCCGGCGAAAAGCAACUCACCCAAAAAAAUGCGCACAACGUCAAGGCCAAGAUCAUUGCUGAGGGCGCCAAUGGUCCCACCACGCCCGAGGCCGACCGCAUCUUCCUUGAGAGGAACAUCUUGGUCAUCCCGGACAUGUACCUGAAUGCUGGCGGUGUGACCGUGUCCUACUUCGAGUGGCUUAAGAACCUCAAUCACGUCAGUUACGGCCGCCUGACCUUCAAGUAUGAGCGUGACUCUAACUACCACCUGCUGAUGUCGGUUCAGGAGAGUCUGGAGAGGAAGUUUGGCAAACACGGCGGCGCCAUUCCCAUUGUGCCCACCUCCGAGUUCCAGGCCCGCAUCGCCGGGGCGUCGGAAAAGGACAUCGUCCACUCGGGCUUGGCCUUCACCAUGGAGCGCUCGGCCAGGCAAAUCAUGCGCACGGCGAGCAAGUUCCAGCUGGGAUUAGACCUGCGCACCGCCGCCUACGUCAACGCCAUCGAGAAAGUUUUCCAAGUGUACGCCGAGGCCGGACUCAUCUUCAAGUAGCCGUCCCGCGUCGGACCUGGAAACGUAUCCUCAAAGCGGGGGGAAAAAAAGCCAAAUUCUUGACCUAUUACUGUUACGUCGAUGGGGCUCGUCUCACGCCUUUGAUGACUUCCAUGUAAAUACUGUUUUUUUUCUAUUCUACCUCUUUAAAAGAACAUUAAAUGCCUAUUUUCAACUUAAAAUGUCUUUUAUUUGUCAAGACAUAUCUUUGAUCCUAUUGACAAAAUGAAAGAUUUACUUACACGUGUUGUAAAUGACAGCGGCGACGGACGUCUAAUCCCAUUG